AUGCCGUCAGCAAGUCCAUUAUACACAUAUUCAAGUGUCUUUAGCGAAGGAGAAACUCCCCACGUCCUGUCACACAGUGCCAACAGCGAGGGAAUAGCCUCCACUAACUUCAAUGACAACAGUAACGAUAACUCUUCUAGUGACAUCCACUCUAUACAUGUGAAAAAUGACAAUCUCAGCAGGAACAAAAUCUACAGCGCGACGCCCAGCAGCUCAAGCUACACCUACGAUCCUUUCAAGUGCCUAAGCGCAAUGGCUGAACAGAGCCUCACAGGGAAUUUCACCCACAGUUCGUCUAGUGCUGACAGUAGCUUCUUCAGCGGCAGAGGGAUCAGCAGUGUGUCCAGUCGUUAUAACCAUGACAUUCAAAACAGCAGCAAUACGUUUCUCAACCUUGAGCAUUCCGUACAGUAUCCUCCGUGUGACGAUGUGUACUUAUCCUCCUCGGCCACAUCUCUAUCCUCCACCUCUCCACCAAUGUCGCCAACAUCAUCACAUUACACAUACAUGUCCUCACGAAACUUGACAACAACAACUGACUUCUUCAACCGGGAGGAUUCGGGUUACCAAAAAGUCUCCACGCUCUCCACGGAGAGCCAAUCACGUGAAUUGAUUAGAAGCGAUCAGUUCGAUCUAUGUUCAGCAACGAACCAAAAUUCCGCUGGGGAGGUAAUAGGUUGCACCAAGACAAUCAGCAAGAAGAGUUAUCCCUCCUGUUCUUCAGAACAUUCGUUAGACGAAAGUGACAAGCUGCUCAGCUGGACGUUACAACACCCCGAGGGCUGGACCAACACCGAAGUCCUCGACUGGGUCUUCUUCGUGGCCCAGGAGCGAGGCUUGGACAUGCAAGAGUUCCGAGGAGAGAACUUUCAGGCCUUUACUGGCGCCCAGUUGUGUCAGAUGGGUCCGGAAGAUUUUACCAGACUAGAGCCGAAAUUUGGAAAGAUUAUCUAUGGGAUGUUAAGAAAGCUUUUAAGUGGAGUUGUAUUCCGAAAACCCAUGGAUCCAGAUAGUGUUAGCACAUCCUGCGUCCAGAUGAGUUCCUUUUCUUCAGGUCUGUCAGCGAAAAUGUCCAUGAACCUAGAGAGAUUUUCCCAGUCUCCUCAUGCAGUUGCUGCUGUAGAAUCCCAUGAAUGUGGUGGUAUGACACAGAACACAUUUUUCAAGCAAGAGAGAUGUACUGACAUGGACAGCGAUGGCAUUGAUAUCACAUCCUAUGAUUUUGACUUAAAUGACACGCCGUCAUGUUUUACUACUUCACAGACACAAGAUCAAUUCCAACAAGACUAUGGCACGUAUCACGGUCAGUAUUCUCAGACUGCGGCUGUUCGGACGUCUUGUUGCUUCUCUGCUGCCUCCUUUCCUGGUCAGCUGCCCAGGAGGAGACCAGGUCGACCAAGAGUUAAAAGCUUUCUGGACGAUGACAGAAUGAGCAAAGAAAAGAGAGUAAAAAAUCAGCACUUGUGGGAAUUCAUCUAUGAAACCUUGAUGAACCCAAUGUACAACCCGCAAUACCUCCGAUGGGAGAACCAAAGAGAUGGUGUUUUCAGAUUUGUACAGUCGGAAGCUGUGGCACAACUGUGGGGCGGUCGCAAGAACAACGAAAAUAUGACCUAUGAAAAGCUCAGCAGAGCUAUGAGGCAUUACUAUCGGAGGGGAAUACUGGAAAGAGUUGAAGGCAGACGACUUGUUUACAAGUUUUCAAUAAAAGCAAUGGAACGGAUUCGAGAUAAAAGAAAUGCAGUCUAG